AAGGGUUGGUCCUAGUACGCCAGCACCUAUACUCCUAAUCGACCUCCAACUUAUAUACUUUAUAUCGAACCAUCUGUCUCAUUUAUACUAAGUUGGCAAGUAAAAGCCACCUUACUGUCAUUAAUGCAUUUGAUCUGUUGCAACUCUCCAUAUAUCUCAUAUCCUUCACUCUUCUCAAUUUAUUGACAGCGAGUUUCAAUCCUGAAUCUACACUAAAUAUUACAGAAACAAUGUUUCAAAGUAGCAAACAUUCUAAAAUUACUCUCCAUAAGAAACUUUUUGCACCAGUUUCGAUUACUAGCGCUAUAGGUUCUAGUUCUUCGACACAGCCGAAGGCGACCAUACCAGUUUUAUUACCACCGGAGCCGCAUUUGGAAGUAGAGGUGCAAACUAAACCACAAGUACCAGAACAAGAACUGAGAGCUUUGGCUCAAUCAUCAAAUAUAACUCCUUCAACGCCAAAACCGGAUUUAGCUGCAUCUUUAGCUGCUGUAGCGAUCCCCAUUCCAACUGCAAACAAUACCCUUCAACCAAAUCACCAUUCCACAGAAACACAGGCUAUUCAGUCCCGAGCCCAACCUCAAUUCAACUCAAAUAAUAUCCAAGUUCUUCCUCCUAGCCCUCCUAGAUCUCUGUUCUACUCCGCAUCGUCCUCCACUUCCACCGGUACCUCAUCAACACAACAGAUGUCAAACCACACACGAAAUUUCUCCUCAACCUCAACGACAACCUCAAACUUUAGUUCUCCACCACCUUCAUACACACCUUUUGUUACUCCUUCCUUAUCUCCUCAGGCUCCCGGAUAUCGGUUUGGAGAUGGUAGUGCAUAUGGAAACACAAAUGGAUAUGGAUUCGGGUAUAGAAAUGGAAAUUAUACAAAUGCGAAUUACAAUCAACAUGGAUAUGGUAGUGGAUAUCCAUCACCAUCCAUCUCCCGCUCUCCAAAUCUUCAACUCCCGGAUCUUGUGGAUGAAGUAUUGAGAUUGCGAGAUCGAUUGAAUUUCUUAGAGUCGGGAUCGUUAUCAGAUGAAAGAGGUGGUGGUAAUAGGGGAAAUAGUCAAACUAGAAGUGCAGGCAGGAACAGAAUCACGCUUGAAGAGGAAAGAAAAGAGGAAGGCGACAAGAAGAGUGAAAAUGAAAGAGAAGAACAAAUAGAAGGAGAAACAAAAAGGGCAAAAGAAAGGUGGGAAGAAAUCGAGAAAUUUGGACUGGCUUAUGAGGAUUUCCUGGAGGAGUUCUAUUAUGAUGAUGAAAAAGAGGUUCGUUUAGAGUUGAAUGAGGAGUCUUUUGGUGAGCAGCUAGAGUUGGAGUUAAAAUUUGCCGAAGACCAAACUUGUGGUAAUGAAUGGGGAGGGAAAGAAAGUGAUGGAAGUAAGGAGGGAGGUGAAAGAGAGACUCGAGAGGAGACAGUAACUCUACUCCCUUCGGUUUUUGUGAACGAAAGUCCACUUAACCCUUUAGGAGGUCAUUCCUCUUCCUUUUCCUCUUCUUCUUUAGGCUUCCAUUCCAAUACCUCCUCCUCCUCAGCAUCGCCAAUCUCAUCCUUACUCGUAAAGGAUUCCACAAAAGAAUCUCAACCGCCGCUUCCCGAAUCCGGUUGUCAUUAUUUCAUAACCGCAGGUUCCAUCCAAAACAUAACGAUCAUUUAUCCUGCCACAUCUUUACCACACAAUAUGGAUGCGUUAAAAGGAGAAAAGGAAAUAAUUAGACGUGUGUUAGAGGAGUGGAAUCGGGGUGUCGUUGUGAGUGUAUUUUGUUUUUAUGUUUUCCUUCAAAUAUUCUAUAUGAUUGCUGCUGCUCAGCUAGACGGUCUACCAAUUUUCUAUGAGCAAAAAGAUAGGAGAGAAGAAAUGCUAACAUGUGGAACCAUAGGAUAAAUAUGGAAUAUGUCCGACGAAAAGGGCUUAUGCUGCUAUUAUUUAGUAUGUCGCUCCUAAUUUUUACUUACCUAUUUUCCACAUCCCCAUAUUCCCUUCUCCCUUCAUCAUAUACAUUCCUCCCAUCAAACACAAACUAACAAACCUCAGUCCCGAGCUACAGACGCCUCUCCCACACGAAAAAUUACGGAUAGCACUUUCAUUCACUCCCAUCUAUCCUUCCCCAUCAAGCACAACUUCCUCAAAGCCCAUAUAUCACACUCCAACCAACCCGGAGGAUAUAAUAACAGAUAAAAAUAUAUACAUUAGCACCACAAACGAGUCUUCUUCUUUCUCGCAGAAUGAGAGUAAAGAAGUGAUGGAUUAUAAAAGGUACAAAGUGAAAUAUGGAAAUCAGGAGGUCCAUGAGAGACAUGAUGGGAUUUUGGAGGUUGGAAGGUUAAGGGCGGCGUUGGAGUCUGAGGUUUUUAAGCAGGAGAGAGUUGGGGGAGAAAAUAUGAGAGAAGAUAUAGAGCAGCAAUGGGGAAAGGAAGAGGUACAAUUGAUUUGGAAAGAUGAUGGGAACGAUCAGGCAAAAUGGGAAGAUGGAAAGAAAGAACCUGAGCUAGAGAGAGGGGUUCAGGUGCUGGUAAAUACAAAGGGGGAUAUUGAAGGUGGUUGGAUCUAGAUCUUUCAUUAUCCUAGUAUCGAUAUCAUCCAAAUCACUCCCAACCACUUUCUUCACUCUAGCAGAACAAAAAUAAUUGGAAAUAAACAUGUAAUAGCGGGUUCUGCUAGUGGUCACCUAUCCCACUAUAGCUAACGAACCAUCGAGGUGAAGCUUGUAU